AAACGCAGGAAGCAUAUGUGCUGAAACAGACAACGGAGUUCUGAAUGAAGAUUUCAUUGGUCAACUUAAAUGUGGAUACAAAACAUGCAGUAGAAGUGCUAUGCCCUAACACUCGACUGUUUGUCAAAGUUGGUAAUGGAUUGGUACAUCGCGAUGGAGAAAAAAAUGAAUGAGGAUAGGGAAAAUGAUUCAGAGGUAGCAGUUGUUGGAGACGAAACUGCUCCAGCUACUCAACAAUACCAGAUGAAGUUAAAUCGCAAGAGAAUCUUGAUUAACCUUUGGUUCAUAUCAGGUUUGCAAAAUCUCGGCCAAAAGUUCUCGGACAAUAGAUGUUUUCAAAUAGCUGCAUCUGUAGGCUUCUUCAGGCAACAAAUGACCAAUGUUUUAAGAACUUGGAGCAAUAACAUACCCAGGCUGCACGGAGUUUUUGUCAAACGGAAGAUGACCAAAAGGCCCAAAGUAUUGGUGCGUGGAAUCCCAGACAAAUUCAAUCCGGAUUUCUUGAUUCUUGAAAUCAAAUACAAUAUCUAA